CCUGCGGGGCAGAGCCGGCGCUCUCGGCGGGUUCGGCGGCAGCGGCGGGGAAUGAACGCGGAGCGGGCGCGGGAGAUCCGCCAGCUGCAGAAGGCAAAGGAGAAGGCUCAGCGUGUUGGGCACCUGGUGGAAGAAGCGGCGCUCUGUAACCAGCUGGGAGAGAUUUUGGCCAGCUGUGGUCGUUAUGAGGAAGCUCUGGAGGAGCACCGCCAGGAGCUGCGGCUGCUGGAAGGUGCCGGGGAUGGGCUGGGCUGCGCCGUGGCUCACCGCAAGAUCGGAGAACGCUUGGCUGAAAUGGAGAACUAUGAGGCUGCACUCAAACACCAACACCAGCACUUGGAGCUGGCGCGGGGACUGGCGGAUGAGACGGAGCAGCAGCGAGCUUGGGCCACCAUUGGUAGGACCUACAUGUUCAUGGCUGAGAGUGAUGGCACCGUGGCUCAGGAGGCCUGGAGGGAGGCUGAAAGGGCUUUCCACACCAGUUUGACCAUCGUGGAGGAGAAACUGGAGGGAGCUGUCCCAGCGCGGGAGGUGACGGAGAUGAGGACCAGGCUCUACCUCAACCUGGGACUGGUCUACGACAGCUUGAAGGACCCGGCCAAGAGCCACCAGUACAUCAGGAAAAGCAUCUUCCUGGCAGACCAGGGCCGGCUCACUGAGGAUCUUUACCGAGCUUACUUCAACCUGGGCCACAUCCAGCUGCGGGGGGGGGACCACUCGGGGGCGCUGCGGUGCCUGGCGCGAGCCCGCGACUGUGCCCGGAGGAUGAAGGAGAAGGAGCUGGAGAGUGACUGCUGCAGCAGCACUGCCCAGGUCCUGCUGAGCUUGGGGGACUUUGCAGCAGCCAAGAGGUCUCUGAAGCAAGCCUACCUGCUGGGGCCACCACAGCCCUGGCAGAGGGACCUCCUGCGCUCCAACCUGCGCUAUGCCACCAAGGUGACGCGGCUGCAGGAGGCCCUGGAGGAGGCGGUGGCCAGCGGUGCCUCGCCGGUGGCUUUGUCACUUUGUGAGCAGCUUGGGGACACCUUCUCCAAGCACGGGGACUACAGCCGGGCCGUGGAGUCCUACCAGAGGCAGUUAAGCUUGGCCCAGGAGCUGGGGAGGCCACCAAGGGAAGUGGCUGUCAUCCACGUCUCCUUGGCCACCACCUUUGCGGACCUCGGGGACCACGCGCGAGCUGUGCACCACUACCGGCAGGAGCUGGCCCUGCACCGGGGGGAUGCGCUGGAGGAGGGGAAGACCUGGCUGAACAUAGCACUGGCCAUGGAGGAGGCUGGGGAGCCCCCUCCCCAAAUCCAGAGCUGCCUCCAGACUGCCCUGGAGCGAGCCCAAGCAGCUGGAGACGCUCGGGUGCAGCGCCAGGCCCUGCGCCAGCUCCACGCUCUCCAUCUGCGGCUGGGGGAGGCCAAAGCUGCCGCAGCCACCCUGGAGCAGCUGGGGGGCCUGGGGGGAGCCCCCCAGGAGGAAGAAGAAGAGCUGGAGAGCAGCCAGACACAGGAGGAGGAAGAGGAGAGUGAGCUGGAGCUGUCCGAGAGCGAGGGGGAGGAGGAUGAGCUGGAGGGAUACAGCAAGAGUGUCCCUGGAAGGAGAAGAGUCUGUAAGUGGAACCGUCGCAACGAGCGGGGUGAGACUCCCCUGCACCGCGCCUGCAUCGAGGGCGACCUGCGCCGGGUGCUGCUCUUCCUCAAGCAGGGGCACCCCCUGAACCCCCGGGAUUACUGCGGCUGGACCCCCCUGCACGAAGCCUGCAACCAUGGGCAUCUGGAGAUCGUUCGGGUGCUGCUGGAGCGGGGGGCAGCGCUGGAUGACCCGGGGGGGCCCGGCUGUGAGGGCAUCACCCCCCUGCACGACGCCCUCAGCUGCGGGCACUUCGAGGUGGCAGAGGAGCUGCUGCGCCGCGGGGCCUCCGUCACAGCCAGGGACAGCCAGGGCCUGACGCCGCUGGGCACGCUGGAGCGCUGGCUGCAGGCCUACGGCCCAGAGCUGGACCAGGAGACCUGGCAGCGCUGCCAGCACACCCAGAGCCUGCUGCGCCAGGCCGCCGCCGCCACACCCGCCCAGUCACAGCUCUACCAGGACUCGGUGCCAGAGGGUGACGGUGACGCCGGGGACGGUGACAUGGUGCCACUGAAGCCGGUCAGGAAGCGGCUGCGGGCGCCCACGCUUGAUGGGGGGGACACGGAGGGGCUGGAAGUGGAGUCGGAGCCAUGUGGAGCUGCUGCUGGGGGGCUUGGCAGUGCCAAAUCCCUCUGUGGUGGCACCAAAUCCAUCUGCGAUGGCACCAAAUCCCUUCCCGGAGGCAGCAGACCCCUUCCUAAUGGUGCCAGAUCCCUUCCCAGUGGCACCAAAUCCCUCUUUGGCAACACCAAAUCCUUUCCUGGUGGCACCAAAUCCCUUCCCAGUGGUGCCAAAUCCCUCUCAGGCACCACCAAACCCCCUCCCAGUGGUGCCAAAUCCCUCUUGGGCACCACCAAACCCCCUCCCAGUGGUGCCAACCCUUCCAUCGGUGGUGGCACCACAGCGGCAUGCCGGCUGCCGGCACUGAUCCCACUGGAGCAGUACCUGGAGGAGGAGAAUUGGUUGGAAGAUGACCUUGGGGAGGCUCGAGGUGGCCGCAAACGGCCUCGCCGGGACGCCCAGGACUGGUUGACAGCCUCAGGGGACAGCACAGGAGCGGAGAGCGAUGGUGGGGGCCCAGCUGUGGCACGGCAGCGACCGCGGCGCUGCCGGCAGAGCCGCUUAACCGGGCUGGUCCGGAGGGGUCGGAGAGAGCAGAGCCCCCCCGAGGCUGCUGGGAACCCCCUGUCUGGGGAGGAAGAAGAGGAGGAGGAAGGGGAAGCCUCUACCCCAGCACUGCCAGGACCCAUGCCAGGACCUGUGCCAGGACCCCUGCCUCCGCUCCGUGUGCGCGUCCGUGUCCAGGACAGCGUCUUCCUCAUCCCCGUGCCCCAGAGCAGCCCUCCCCACGCGGUGCACUGGCUGGCGGCGCGGGCAGCCGAGCGGUUCUACCAGGGCAGCGGGCUGCUGCCGCGCCUCAGCCUGCGCCGCGACGGGGCCCUGCUGGCCCCACAGGACCCCGUGGGGGACGUCCUGCAGAGCAACGAGGAGGUGCUGGCAGAGGUGCAGGGCUGGGAGCUGCCACCCUUAGCCGAGCGCUACCGAAGGGCCUGCAAGAGCCUGGAUGUGGAUGCCCACCCGCUGCUGCUGAAGGUGCUGGAGUUGCAGGAGCAGAGCCCAGGGCUGGCGCUGGGGGGUGGCCUGUCCCUGUCCCCCCCGCACCUGCCCCCGCUGCUGAGGGCCCUGAAGCUGCAGGAGGGGCUGCGGCAGCUGCGGCUGCGCGGCUGCGGUGUCACGGACGCGGUGGCCACCGAGCUGCUGGCCACGCUGAGCACGCUGCCAGCCCUCACCCAGCUCGACCUCGCUGGCAACAGGCUGGGAGCCAGAGGGCUCCGGGACCUCCUGCCCCAGCAGCCACACACCUUCCAGAGCCUGGAGGAGCUGAAUCUGAGCCUCAACCCUCUCGGGGACGCCUCUUGCCGGCCCCUUGUGGAGCUGCUGCGACACUGCCCAGCCCUCACCACCCUGCGCCUGGAGGCCUGCGGUUUCACCGAUGCCUUCCACCUGGAGGGAGCGCCACGCCUGCAGACCCUGAGCCUGUCGCACAACGCGCUGGGCGCGGCAGGGCUGGCUCGGCUCCUGGCCUCGCUGCCAUGCCGUGGCCUGGCACGCCUAGAGCUGGGCUCCGUCAGCGGGCAGGCACCACAGCCUCUCACCCCGGCACUCGGCAAGUUCCUGGCACAGGAGGGCUGUGCCUUGAGACACCUUACCCUGUCUGGGAACCACCUAGGUGAUGGAGACAUCCUGGAAGUGGCCAGGUGCCUCACAGCUUGCCCAGCUCUGGUGUCCUUGGAUUUCUCAGCCAACCCUGGCAUCACCACGGCAGGACUGCGGUCACUGCUCAACGCUGUGGAUGAGAGGCACCAGGGGCUGCAGUUCCUCAGCCUGGCAGGUUGCUCAGUAGAAGCUCCUCUGGACACCGAAAGCACCAGCAAGAUCCAGGAGCUGCGGCUCUGCGGGCGCUGUGCCAAAGCCGGCGAAGCUUGGCGAGGUGCUGCCAGGCUCUGCACCGUCACACGGCACCACAAGCUCUUCUGGAAAGACCUCUGAAGCACUGCUGGCACUGGUUUUGGACUGGUGGCUCAUGGUUUUACACGGCGUGGCUCAUUACACCUCCUAUUUAUG